AUGCCACACAUUGACGAGACCAUCACGCCCGAGGUGAAGGAGCUCUGGCGGCCUUCAUCACCCGAAAAGACGCAGAUAUAUGAUUUCAUGACCAAGGUGAACAAGAAACACGGUCUGUCUUUAAAUGAUUACGAUGCUCUCUGGAAGUGGAGCGUCUCAGAGCCGGCCCAGUUCUGGGAAGAAAUCUGGCACUAUACACACAUCAAGGCCCACGAGCCAUACACGAAUGUCCUCGGGUCUAAGGAGGUGAUGUUCCCUCGGCCUGGAUUCUUCGAAGGGAGCACUCUCAAUUUCGCCGAGAAUCUCCUUUACCCGGCUAAUGCGCCAAGCGAGGACUCUAUCGCCAUCAUUGGCGCCACAGAGGCGGACCGUGAGCUCAUCUCGUGGAAAGAGCUUCGUGAGCGUGUUCGUCAACUCGCCAAUGCUUUGAUAGAGGCCGGUCUGAAGACGGGUGACCGUGUGGCAGGCUUUGUCGGCAACCAUGCGAACACUGUCGUCGCGAUGUUAGCCUCGGCAUCAAUUGGCGCUUUUUGGACAGGCGUGUCUCCUGAUACGGGUGUUCACGCAGUACUUGAGCGUCUCAAGCAGAUCGAGCCUAAGAUUCUGUUUGCGGAUAAUGCCUCGCUUUACAAUGGCAAGGUGCAUGGAUCUUAUGCCAAGGUCCGCGAGAUUGUCUCUGAGUUGCCCGAUCUAGAGCUCCUAGUCGUUUUCGACACUGCCAAGCCCGUAGACUUUAACCUCGAGGGUGUCCGUCCGGCAAAUGGAAAGGUCAUGACUUUGGAGGAGUUCCAAAUCGCGGUCCGCGAUCAGAACGCCCCCCUCGAGUUUACAAGCUUGAAGCCCGAGCAUCCAGUCUAUAUUCUCUAUUCAUCCGGAACCACAGGCGCACCCAAGCCCAUUGUCCAUGGAUCAUUGGGCACACUGCUUCAGCACAAGAAGGAGCAUCUCCUCCACUGCGAUAUUCGCCCCGGCGAUCGGCUCUUCUACUUUACUACGACUACUUGGAUGAUGUGGCACUGGCUUGUCUCUGGUUUGGCCAGUGGUGCUACCAUCGUUCUCUAUGACGGCUCGCCAUUCCGGCCAUUCGACGUCGAGGGUGGGAAUGGAGAGAUGGCUAUGCCCCGUCUCAUCGAUGAGCUCCAAAUCACCCAUUUCGGUACAUCAGCCAAGUACCUAUCCAUGCUGGAGCAGGCGGCUCUUAACCCACGCAAGCAUGCCCACCGACCUGUGACUCUGAAAACCCUAAGAGCAAUUUUCAGCACUGGGUCACCCCUGGCUCCUUCGACCUUUGAGUAUAUCUACUCCUCCAUCCAUCAAGAUAUCAUGCUAGGUUCUAUCACCGGCGGUACAGACAUUCUGUCCUUGUUCGCCUCUGGAUGUCCAAUCCUGCCCGUCUACAAGGGUGAAAUCCAAUGCCGAUCUCUCGGUAUGGCCGUGUCAGUCUUCGACUACGCAGGAAACGAUAUCAGUGCCUCUGGCGAACCUGGUGAUCUGGUCUGCACUACGCCUUUCCCAGCACAGCCAGUCAUGUUCUGGCCUCCUGGACCUACUGGCCUUGAAAAGUACCGAAAGAGCUACUUCGACGUGUUUGGUCCUACUAUCUGGCACCACGGAGACUUCGUUCGCAUGAACCCCCAGACCGGCGGUGUUGUCAUGCUGGGCCGCAGCGACGGAGUUCUCAAGCCAUCCGGCGUCCGCUUUGGCAGUGCAGAGAUCUACAAUGUCCUGCUCAAGCACUUUGCCGACGAGAUUGAAGAUUCUCUGUGCGUUGGACGUAGACGAGAUGGCAUCGACACCGAUGAGACGGUUGUCCUCUUCGUCAAGCUCGCGCCUGGAUGUCCCUCUGAUAUCAAGACGCUUUCUGCCCAGAUUCAGGCCAUUAUCCGCAAAGAGCUGAGUGCUCGUCAUGUUCCUGGUGUGAUUGAUGCUUGCCCGGAGAUUCCUGUCACUUCCAACGGCAAGAAGGUCGAGAAUGCGGUGAAGCAGAUUCUGUGUGGACUCAACAUUAAGAUUGGAGCAAGUGUGGCUAAUGCUUCUUGUCUGGAUUGGUAUCGCAACUGGGCCUCGGAGCACCCGUGA